AUGACAGAUAUCGCGACUCUCAAUAAAUAUCAUUUUGACAAAGAUGCAUCUACUCACUUGGCCGAUUGGGCUGAGCUAAUCCAAGCGAUUAUCAACGAGUUUAUAGCCAGAAGAAAAUGGAUUUCAGACACAUGGACCGAUUCUGAUGCUGUAAAGCGUCGAGGCAUGGAAGUCAGGCUCCUAGACUAUGCAUGUGGUAGUGGUACUGUUUCCAAGGCACUGCUACCAUUUGUAACUCAAGCCAUCGGGCUUGAUAUCUCUCCGGGCAUGGUCUUUGAGUACAAUAAGUGGGCUGAAGAGACAGGCUCCGGCUCAGACAGGGCCUGGGCGUAUGAAUAUGAUAUGUUGGCUGGGGAAGAGCGUAGUCCUCUCCCUGGACAGAAUCUUUCUGACUUCGACAUCGUCGUCGUGAGUAUGGCAUUGCACCAUGUAUCGGAUCCUGCGAAGCUCAUGCAAAGGCUGGGACAAUGUCUGCGACCCGGCGGCACAUGCGUGAUGCUCGAUCGCAUUCCGGCCUCUACAAAAGUAAAGACGGAUGCAACUACAUCUACGAAGCUAAGGGAGACUUUAAAAACGGUCAACAAGGAAGGUUUCGCCGAAGAGGAGAUGCGAAAGUUGUAUGAAGAUGCUGGCAUGGGCCAAAAUUUCGAUUACGUAGUGAUUCCGCGUCCUUUCGAAGCCCGAGUCUUUGGUAGAGAGCUAUCUAUCUCCGGAUUUAUAGCUCGAGGGGAGCUUGCAUAG